GCCACAAUAAAAGGUGAACGUGGUGAAGCUGAAAAAUAUUUCCCAGCUGAUUGUCAAAAAAAUGUCAUUUAAAAAUAAAUUAUUUUUGUUAUUAGAAAUAUCUGAUUGAUUUAACAAAAGUAGUUUCGACUGAAAGUAUUCGUUUGAUCCCAAUGAUAUGGAUCGACCUGGCCAGACAGGAUACAUGGUAUUAAACGAAGAAGGAGCAGUAUUAUCUUCGUCGGGAGAUCUAGAAAAUGAUGAAAAGUUCGCCAACUCUAUAAUGGGAUUAUUGAAUAUUUCUUCUCACAUAGACCUAAACGACACACCAAAAGAAGGUUUCAAAAAACUGUCGAUAGUUUACGAAGAUCAUUGUUAUAUUGUUUGUCUGUCUAAUAGAAAAUAUCACAUAAUUAAAAAGAAAACGCCUCAUUUCUGAGAUUUCAAAUAAAAUGAAUGUUAUACUAUACUUAACGAAGAUGAAAUUUAUGCAGAUGAUUAUUCUUAUUGGUGGUAUAUUAUAUUCCUUGUUUCAACUGUACAAUAUAGUACAUAGCAUGUAAUUUUUUCAUUAGAUUAGCAAUUAUUCCUGUAGUAUGUUUUUUUAUUUUAUUGUACAAAUAUAGAGCAAAAAUUUUUAUUUUUUCUAAUUUUAUUAAAAUUCAAACUUGAAUGCUUUGCUCAAAGGCAUUCGAAUAAUUAUCCAUGUUUAUGUUCAUCCAUCUAUUUUAUAUUCAUAAAAUCUUUUUAAAUGACAAAUGAGUCACUCAGAAGCACAAUGGCUUAAGUGUAAAAUUAAUGUUUUGAGAUAUCGGCAACUAAAGAAUUGAGAUAAAAAUUAAAUCAGUCUUUUUAAUUAACCAGUAUUAUUCUAUUUACUUACACAAACAUUCCUGGAACCUUAUACAUUAUAUGAGUCGAAUGAGCAAAAUAUUUAAAAAAAUCUUUUCUUAUACAAAAAAAGUCAGUUGGGCCACUAUGUCAAAUAUUGAGCUUGUACGAAAAAACAUAAAACUUUCACUUGGGUCACCUAUUUAUCUGUUUCCGAUCCAAUAUCAUUAUCUAUUGCCUCCACGUUUGUCUUCAGGUUUGUGUAGAAUCCAUGAUAGAUCGGCGGAAUGAAGGAAGGAGACUCUGAAGGUCUUUAUAUUAUUUUAGUUGCUCUAUGGGUCUUCCAGCAGGAUAGAGAAUGUCCAAGGAUGUCCUUCUUUUUUUAUCUGAAAGACGUCUGUUCUUUUUUUGAGACGUCAACACAAUUAAAUACCUAAUACACUCUCGUUAUUAGAAUAUUUAAAAUAAGUUUUGAAGGGCUCUACUGACAUUAACCACUUAGUCCAUGUGGUGAGACCGCUCCCGUCUGAAAAAAAUUCUGAUUCGGUUUCUUUGUGGAUUGAUAUUUAAAAAUGUCCCCUUUAAACAAAUUUGAAGGGUGCCGGACGGAAUUUUUGGGCAAAAAUUGUUUAAACAAUUUUUUAAACAAAUACAUAAGAUCACCUUUUAUUGCUCCAAAAAAAUGUAUUUUUAGGUUUUUUGGGUCAUUCUAAACAAGAAAGGUAUCUUGUAAUUUUUCUCAAAAAUUGACAGUUUUCGAGUUAUAGGCGAUAUAAAAUCUAAAAAAUGCGAAAAUACGCAUUUUCGAGGCUUAAAAACUCAUAUUUAAAUUAGUAUUUUUAAGGGUGCCAAUAACUUGGAUUAAAGUUUAAACAUUCCUUUUCACGAUUCCGAAGAGUGAUCGGGUCUAACUUCAAUUUAGACCGUAGUUUUUUAAUUGUUAAUUAUGCAUGUCCAUCCGAUUUUUUGGCCGGUGCGGCGCGCUCUAUUUCAAAAAUCUAUUUUCCUCAGAAAAAUAUUUUUUCUAGAUUCUUUGGGACAUUCUAAAUAAAAUAAGUUUCUUGACAUUUUUCUCAAAAGUUACUAGUUUUAUAAGCGAUUUAAAAUACGAAAAUGUGUUUUUUUGUCAUUUUUCGGAUUUUAAAUCGCUUAUAACUUUAAAACUAUUAACUCUUGAGAAAAAUGUCAAGAAACUUAUUUUAUUUAGAAUGUCCGAAAGAAUCUAGAAAAAAUAUUUUUUGGAGGAAAAAAGGAGAUUUUUGAAAAUAGUGCGCGCAGCACCGGAAAAAAAACCGGAUGGACACGCAUAAUUAACAAUUAAAAAACUACGGCCUAAAUUGAAGUUAGACCCGAUCACUCUUCGGAAUCUUGAAAAGGAAUGUUUAAACUUUAAUCCAAGUUAUUGGCAGCCUUAAAAAUACUAAUUUAAAUAUGAGUUUUUAAGCCUCUAAAAUGCGUAUUUUCGCAUUUUUUAGAUUUUAAAUCGCCUAUAACUCGAAAACUGUCAAUUUUUGAGAAAAAUCACAAGAUACCUUUCUUGUUUAGAAUGACCCAAAAAACCUAAAAAUAUAUUUUUUGGAGCAAUAAAAGGUGAUCUUAUGUAUUUGUUUAAAAAAAUUGUUUAAACAAUUUCUGCCCAAAAAUUCCGUCCGGCACCCUUCAUAUUUGUUUAAAGGGGACAUUUUUGAAUAUGAAUCCGCAGAGAAACCGAAUUAGAAAUGUUUUUCAGACGGGAGCGGUCUCACCACAUGGACUAACUGUAUUUUAAGCCAUUCUGCUUUUAUAUCUUCUCUCCUUUUUUUCCGGUGUGUAAGUAACUUCUCUAGUUCUCCAGUAGGUACACUUAAAAUUUUCAGAGGUCAUUUUAAAUAGGUACCUGAAAUUUAUUAUUCUUUUUUGAACUGGAAAUAACUUUCACCCAAUCGUUUGGCGAAAAAAUGUCUUUAAAAUAUCGUUUUUGUUUUUCGAUCAUUCCAAAGUCUCUGUCACAUUGGCAAAUAUGAGUGACCGUAGUGUAAAAUGCAAGAACCAAUUUCUUGUGGGCCAUGUGAGGCUAUGCCUUCAUGCCAUGUGUAUCUGACCUGUCGUUAGAUGGUGGAUGCCAAAACAAUACAUCCACAGCUGUCUUGUAAUAAGCCACUCCCGUAGAAAUACUAGGAGUAGCUAAAGUUUUCAUCAAAUCAAAUGUAAUUACUGUUGCGACAUCUUUAUCCUUGGCUGCAUCUUCCUUUACUCAACUUCAAGCUACUUCUGCCUUCCGUAGUCAACUCUUUUUCUGUUUCCAUUCUGCUUUUUUCUACACCUACACAGCUUUUUAUUUUCAUGUUAUAAGCGUCACAUCGUUUGCAAGUGUCAGUAAGAGGAUAACGAAAAUGAAGAUUAAAAUCUUCAUUAAAUAUUUUCGAAAAUACGAAUUUGGAUACCUUCACUUUUGGUUCUUCACUUUGCACAUACAAAUCAAAAAGUUUUGAGAUAUUUAAAUCAGGUGACAGAUACUCUCGAUUAGGAUUUUUGUUACAGCUAUUCGCUGUGAACCGAUAAGUAGAGGGGAUUUGACAGUUUUCUCGCCAGCGCUGUUAGUGGCAGUUUUGUGUAUUGAAUUUGAACAAUUUUAUCAGAAAAGUACAAGUUUCAAAUCGCGAGAGAGCGCUACCGACGAAACCCACAGCCAAUAAAAACAGAGGUAACUUCUAUAUUUCACAUAAACUUCUUCUUUUUCUCAAUAGCCUCUUGCGUAAGCAGUCGUCCAGUCGCACGAAUUUAUAUAUUAAAUAUUAAAAU